AUGCACGAAUGGAUGUACGUUCCCACCAAGCAAAACGUAGCCGACGAUGGAACCAAAUGGCAAGGGCUGCCAGACCUGACUUCUCAGUCUCGGUGGUUCAUUGGACCCUACUUCCUGUAUUGCUCAGAAGAGGAUUGGCCCCGAUCGCCACAGAGCAGUCAUACUGCCGAGCUAGAACUCCGUCCGAGUGUAAUGUCUCAUUUUAUUGCACCGACUUCUGUGAUUUGCGUCGACGAAUACUCAUGUUGGGAUCGGAUUGUCAAGGUCGUUGCUUUGCUCCACCGCUUUCCAAGCAACUGUAAACUGAAACUUCUGAAGAAACCAACAAUAGUCGGUCCCGUUCCAAGCCAAGAACUCAAGGUUGCUGAAUCAUAUCUCUUUCGUCAAGCUCAACAAGAAACAUUUCCGGACGAAGUAGCACAUCUCAGAAGAUUUCAGGAUACCAGUGAAUCAUCUGUAACAGCAGUUCCCAAAUCGAGUCCACUUCACCAGAAAUCUCCAUGGUUAGACCACUACGGGGUAAUGAGAAUGCGUGGCCGAAUCGCUGCUUGCGACUACGCAACCGAAGACGCAAAAUAUCCAAUAAUACUUCCCCGUGACCACCAUACCACACGAUUGAUUGUUGCACACUACCACCACAAGCUCCACCAUCAGAACCACGAAACCGUGAUCAACGAAAUUCGCCAAAAAUUUAGCAUUCCGCAACUUCGUUCGACGUAUACUAAAGUGAGAAACAACUGUCAACGCUGCAAAAAUGACCGUGCCGUUCCACGUGCACCAAUAAUGGCCGACCUACCCUUAGCACGCCUGGGUGCAUUCACUCGCCCAUUCACGCAUGUUGGUGUCGACUUCUUCGGGCCAUACGAAGUCGUCGUCGGCCGUCGAAUAGAAAAGCGCUGGGGGUUACUGGCCACUUGUCUCACGAUUCGAGCAAUCCACAUCGAGGUUGUGCACUCCCUCAGCACAAACUCAUGUAUCAUGCCCAAUGACCGCGGCACUAAUUUCGUCGGUGCGAAUCGGGUACUUGAGGAAAUAGAUAGUAUCAUUAAAGAAGAGGAGCUGAUGAAAGAGUUCGUGGACACCGAUACUAGUUGGACGUUCCUGCCGCCAGCAUCACCGCACAUGGGCGGUAGCUGGGAACGCUUAAUCGGUAGCGUAAAAAAGAACUUGAUGGCAAUUCUGCCAGCUAGGAAGCUGACGGACGAAGUUUUGCGUAACCUUCUAACAGAAAUCGAAAGUACUGUCAACUCGAGACCGUUAACACAUGUUCCUGUGGACGACGAUUCAGCCCCCGCCUUGACCCCGAACCACUUCCUGUUGGGGUCAACCAAUGGGUCCAAGCCGUUGAGAAAUGCUGAUGACAGUGGUAGUGUCCUUCGUCAGACCUGGUUGCUUUCCCAGGUCCAAGCCAACCGGUUCUGGAAACGGGGCAGAAUUAUCAACAUCCAUCUCGGAAAGGAUGGCCAACCGAGAUCAGCCACGGUGAGGACUACAUCCGGAAUCUAUGAGCGACCAACAACCAAGUUGGCCGUGUUAGAUGUACGGCGCGAAACUAAGUAA